AUUGGUUAGAAUGGUUACGCUGAGAAACAUUGCUACAUAUGAAUCCUCAUUCUCUUCUUCUUCUCCGAUCAAUUAAACGCAGCCGAUCAUUCAAUCUAGGGUUUACUGGAAAUGGACGGUGGAUCUUCCUCCGGCGGGAACUUCAAGCUCUACGAGCAGCUGGAGUUGCAGGAGUUUCCGGACAAGUUCGUGAUCAAAUCCGUCGAAGCUCCCGAUCAAGGCUUCGUGAUCGGCCGCCGCGACGGCGCGAUUGAACCGCUUAACGCUGAUUCUUCUUCGUCAAACCCGUCGAAAACGUCGACGAUAUAUGGAGUCGUCGGAACGAUCAGACUGCUCGCAGGAAAUUACUUGAUUGUUAUAACUUCUCGGAUAGAAGUUGGGAAGUAUCUUGGCUUCCCUGUUUACCGGGUGACCUCUAUGAAUUUUCUUUCCUGCAAUCAGGUGUUGAAGCUCUCAACUGUUCAAGAAAAAAAAGAUGAAGCUUACUUCAUGGCUCUGUUGAAAACAGUCCAAUCAACUCCAGGGCUGUACUUCUCAUACGAAACAGAUUUAACAUUGAACAAGCAAAGAAGAAGCAAGUUGAUUGGAGGUUGGAUGGCCAAACCAAUAUGGAAGCAGGCCGACCCUCGAUUUGUUUGGAACAAAAAUCUUUUGGAUGAACUUAUCGAGUACAAGCUGGACGGGUUUAUUAUUCCUCUUCUACAAGGAAAUAUCCUCAACUUCCAGGUUACACAGCUAAAGUUUAAAGACUCACCUGUCGCACUUACAAUAUUCUCAAGGAGAUGUACCCGUCGUCUAGGGACAAGAAUGUGGAGAAGAGGAGCUAACCUUGAAGGAGAUGUGGCUAACUUUAUUGAAACCGAGCAAUUAAUGGAGUUUGAAGGUUUCAAGUCCUCGUUUCUGCAGAUUCGGGGUUCAAUUCCACUUCUUUGGGAGCAAAUUGUUGACUUGAGCUAUAAACCACAACUAAAAAUUAUUGAUCAUGAACAGACGUCAAAUGUAGUGGAGCGACAUUUUCAUGAUCUUUUCCAAAGAUAUGGAGAGACAAUAGCAGUAGACUUGACUGAUAAACACGGUGAUGAAGGUCAACUAAGCAAGGCAUAUGCUAAUGAGACACAAAAUCUGCCAAACGUGAGAUACGUUCCAUUUGACUUCCAUCAUAUAUGUGGCAACUCAAAUUUUGAGAACUUAAAGGUUUUAUACGAGCAGCUAUCAGAACUACUUGAAAAGCAAGGAUACUUUCUCGUUGAUGCGGAAGGAAACAUACUGGAGGAGCAGAAAGGAAUUGUCAGAUCUAACUGCAUCGACUGCCUCGAUAGAACAAAUGUUACCCAGAGUUACUUGGCUCAGAAGUGUCUGGAUGCCCAAUUGCAGAGGAUGGGAGUGCUUGAUUCAACUGAGUCCAUUUCUAUGUUUGAUGAAGAGUAUCAAAAAUUUAGAACAUUGUGGGCUGAGCAUGGUGAUGAGGUAAGCCUUGAGUACGCUGGGACUUAUGCCUUGAAAGGGGACCUAGUUAGGUAUGGAAAACAGACAUUUGGAGGAAUGAUUAAAGAUGGGAUGAGCGCUCUUUCUAGAUAUUAUUUGAAUAACUUUCAGGAUGGUAUUCGGCAGGAUGCCGCUGAUCUUAUUAGUGGCCGCUAUAUGGUUAGGAGGGACGGUUCACCACGCCAGAUGGAAUCCUUUUCUUAUCUUCCGGUGGCAUCAGCUUUGCUAAUCGGAGGUUUGACAGUGACAUCUUUCACACUUCAGCAAGCGGGGCGAAACGCCCACCAAUUCAUGACUUCUGUACUUUGGGCGGGAGUGACUGCCGGUGUAGCGGCAGUGGUGAAAGCUAAUGGAAGACAGUUCUGUUCUAGACCUCGCUUGUGCAGAUUAGUGUAACAUUAUUCUGAUAUAGAGCUACUAGUUUUUUAAAUAGUAGUUCUUUCAAACUGUGCAGAAUUACAUUUCUACUGUCGUUUUAGGCUUCUUACUUUGAGAUCCAGCUUCUAGUUCUAAGUUUGGUGAUUCAUUACGUGUUGGGUUGGCAAUUGACCCAACAAAAAGAAGCCUAUAUCCCUUGUAAUUUGUAUAAUAAAAACGUAAAAAACCAGAAACUAAAUUUGACGUCUCAGUUUGGAUUGUUAUCUGUUACCUAAGUAAGAGUUUGUGUGAUGACAUUCAUCAACUUUGUGCUUUAUGCCUUCAUUCUUUGGGGAGACACGGAUGAAAAAGAGAAAAUCCACUAGGGCAGUUGGGAAGGCUUUGUCUUAUCAAGUAGGAAGGUGGAACGGGGUUCAAAGCUAUCUACGCCUAUGACCUUAGCAAUGCUUGCAAAACAGGUUUUUUGGAGGCAGAAGAUGGUGAUCUUCAUCUUUCUCGUGGAGGAGUAUCAUUAGUGGGAAGGCUGGAAUGAAGUGCAGAAUUGAAGGCUGGAGUGAGAUGGAGGCAAUGGAGUUGGGUGAAGAAAGUCGAUGAAUAAAAAUGAUCAGAGCUUGUUGAUUUGUGGAUUUUGGUUCAAAAAUAUAACUGACAAAUGAAUAAGAAUGAAGUAUUUCUAA